AGAGGCAAGCUGUUCCUGGGCUUAUCUGGUAAAGAGGAAUCAUCUUUUUUUUUUUUUUUAAUAAUUUUAUCAGCUUGUUUCUUAGAGUUUCAUUAAGAGUCUAGAAACCAGGCUCCUGAUCCCAGCUGCUGCAACUCUCUUUCUCUCUGUAUGAUCUUGGACAAACGCUGGUCUCCUUAGUUCCUCAGCUUUCUGGACCAUCAAUUGCUUCCUUCAAGGAAUCUGUGAGGAUCAAAUGAGAAUGGAUAUAACACUGGUUUAUGGUCCUUAGUCUUGAAGAAAUGACCAGUUACCAAUCCCUUGGACAAACUCUGCAGAAAGGAGAAGAGAAGAUGAAAGAAGCAAAAGAUGGAGAUAUUGAUGUGGAUGUCAAUGACACCCAUCAAAGCAAUGAGCCAUUGAGGUUCAUCCUGGUGGGGAAAACAGGAGCUGGGAGAAGUGCAACAGGAAAUACUAUCCUUGGGCAGAGAGUAUUUGAGUCCAAGCUAGGAUCCCAGGCAGUGACUAAGAAGUGUCAGAUAGGCACUAGGAUGUGGAAUGGGAGAAGAAUAUUGGUGAUUGAUACUCCUGCCAUCUGUGAGCCAAGUGCCUGGACUGAAGAGAUGUACAAGGAAAUCGGGGAGUGUUACCUGCUCUCCUCCCCAGGUCCCCAUGCAUUAGUCUUGGUGACUCAGAUUGGCCGCUACACUGCAAGGGAUAAGGAGGCAAUGAGGAAGGUGAAGAAAAUCUUUGGAGUAGGAGUGAUGAGGCACCUCGUUAUGCUUUUCACCCGUAAAGAAGAUUUAGGGGGAUCUUUAGAGGAUUAUGUAACAAAUACUGAUAACACAGACCUACAGUGGGGGAUCCGAGAGUGUGGCAGGAGAUUCUGUGCCUUCAACAACCGGGCCACUGGGGAGGAGCAGAUGGCCCAGGUGGCAGAGCUGAUGACUAUGAUUCAGAGGAUGGAGAAAGAGAAUGGAGGCCACUAUUACAGCAAUGCUCUUUACCUUGAUGCUCAGAUCUUCCAAGAACAUGGCAAUAGAGAGUCUUCAGACAGCUACAAGAACUACCUACAACAAGUGAAAUUCCAAAUUCAAAAGCAGACAUCAUACCUAAUAGAGGCUGAGGCUAACUCUGUUGUCCAGGCAUUUCAGAGGGCCAAACAAUGGGUUUCUUCCCACCGUAAAAUUGUCUCAUGGAUUUUCAUUUUCCUGGGUCUUUUUGGUUUGGUUUUGAUUAUUUGGGGUUUAUUUGGGUUUUUUUUUUGCAUGGUAAUGAGCAUUACAUGACUUG